AUUUGCAAGAGGCAGUUUCAGGUUAAAGAGGGGAAGUGGAGGGUUGCUGGUUACCAGGCUCAUAGCUAUUCAGGGACAGGUUGGACUGGUUUCCCAUAAACAACACCCACAUUUCCCUCGCUGUUGUUCAUUUAUACCAGCACAGAGGGAAGAAGAGCCACAGAAAGGGGCUGUGGAAGGAGUAAAAGGGUUCUCUGUAUAUUUGGCCCAGAAAGGAAUUUCAACAUGCCCGAGGAGGAUGGACAGUAUUAUGGAAAGAAUGGUGAGCCAAGAAAGUUUGAUGCAAACUUCAAAGGGCCAAUCCAGAACAGGGGCUGCACUGACAUUGUGUGCUGCAUCUUCUUUAUUCUUGCCAUACUGGGUUACAUUGCAGUGGGAAUACUUGCUUGGUCAAAGGGUGAUCCCAGGAAGGUGAUCUAUCCCACAGACAGUCGAGGCCAGUUCUGUGGGCAGGCUGGCACCCCACUUGAGAACAAGCCGCUGCUGUUCUACUUCAACAUCAUGAAGUGUGCCAGCCCCAUGGUGCUGCUGGAGUUCCAAUGUCCGACCACACAGAUAUGUGUGGAGAAGUGUCCCAACAAGUUCAUGACAUUAAUCAAAGCCCACGCCAAAAAAGAUGAGCUGGAUUAUUACAAAAACUUCUGCAUGGAUGGUGUGACUAAUGCAAUGGGCGUACCAGAAAUCCUUAGCUCAGGUCUCUGUCCUGCCAUGCUGAUCCCCAGCCAGCCCUUCACUCGUAGGUGUUUCCCAGCUUUGGGCCAGAAAGGAGGCGUGAUAACUGUGGGAAACCUCUCUCAGUUUGAAGAUGGAACCGGAAAUAUUAGAGAUGCCAAGGACCUUGUGGCUGGAGUCAAGAAUGCCACGGUGGUUAUGGAGGCUCGUCAGGUGGUCAUGAAAAUCUUUGAGGAUUUCACACAGUCCUGGUACUGGAUCCUGAUAGGGUUGGUUAUUGCCAUGCUCACCAGCCUGCUCUUCAUUGUCCUCUUGCGCUUCCUGGCAGGGAUCAUGGUCUGGGUCAUGAUUGCCAUGGUGAUACUGGUCAUAGGAUAUGGUAUCUUCCACUGCUACAUGGAGUAUGCUGGCCUAAAAGGAGAUCCAGGCGCUAACGUGACUAUACAGCAACUGGGCUUCCAGACAGACUUCUCAGUCUACCUGCAGAUCAGACAGACCUGGCUGGCCUUCAUGAUUAUCCUGGCGAUUGUGGAGGUCAUCAUCAUCCUGCUGCUCAUCUUCCUCAGGAAGAGGAUCUGCAUUGCCAUUGCUCUCAUCAAAGAAGCCAGCAGAGCCAUCGGGCAUGUGAUGUCGUCCCUUUUCUACCCACUAUUCACUUUUGUCCUCUUGGCCGUGGUCAUCGCCUACUGGGCAGUUACAGCUGUCUUCUUGUCUACCUCAAAUGAACCCAUCUAUAAAGUUUUCAAUGACACUGUAUGCGACUUCUCAAGACAAAACUGUAACCCAGCUAACUACACCACCAGUGAAAUGAAACGGCAGUGCCCUGACUCCAAGUGCCUUUUUGCUUUCUACGGGGGAGAAACCCUUUACCACAAAUACCUGAUAGGCCUGCAGUUCUACAACGUCUUCCUCUUCUUCUGGUGUGCCAACUUUGUCACGGCUCUGGGACAGAUGACCCUGGCCGGGGCCUUUGCCUCGUACUACUGGGCCGUCGUCAAGCCUGAUGACAUGCCUGCCUUCCCAUUGUUUUCUUCCCUAGGGAGAUCUCUCAGGUAUCACACAGGAAGUCUGGCGUUCGGCUCCCUUAUACUCUCAAUCGUUCAGAUCAUCAGGGUUUUGCUGGAGUAUGUGGACCACAAGCUGAAAGGAGCCCAAAAUAAGUUUGCCAAGUUCCUGUUGUGCUGUCUGAAGUGCUGCUUCUGGUGUCUGGAGAAAUUCAUCAAGUUCCUAAACAGAAACGCCUACAUUAUGGUGGCGAUAUAUGGCAAAAACUUUUGCACCUCUGCCAGAGAUGCCUUCUUCCUCCUAAUGAGGAACAUGAUCAGGGUGGCUGUCUUGGACAAAGUGACAGAUUUCCUUUUGUUUUUGGGCAAGCUUCUGAUUGUUGGGCUCGUAGGGAUCUUUGCCUUCUUUUUCUUCUCUGGGAGAGUGAAGACCUUUGAGAAUACAGCUCCCCAUCUCAACUACUACUGGGUACCCAUCCUGACUGUGGCGCUGGGCUCCUACCUCAUUGCCCAUGGAUUCUUCAGUGUCUACGCCAUGUGCGUGGACACUCUUUUCCUCUGUUUCUGUGAAGACCUGGAACGCAAUGACGGUUCAGCCGCAAGGCCUUAUUACAUGUCCUCAACUCUUCAUGAGAUUCUGUGGAAGAACAAGGCAGAGGAUCCGCCUUCGUCUUCUGCCCUGCAAAAUGACGAUGAAGACAUCCAGUUGAAACGGCAGCAGGAGGAGGAUACAGCUUAGAGAUGGGCAGUUUUAUGGUCAAAGACGAAUGUCGUCAGAUUUUGCUGAGUUGCGGGCACAACAAAAUCCAUGCAACACUUUUCUAAACAGUUAUAGUUCAAGACGAUCUUAUCCUUUGAUAGUAAGGAGCUGGUACAUUGUUGCCCAUUGGGAAGGACUCCUUGGCACCUAACCUGCUCAUCUCAGACUGUAGUAAAGCUACAGAACUCUAUGGCUUAAAGUAGAAGGAGUGGUGCAGAUUUCCUUUCACGUUAUCUGUUCUUUAACACAAGACAACAUGUGGAAACAAGAUUUUACGGCUUUGUUUUAUUAAUUGACCUUUGCUAAACCCCUCCCCCACACAGUGAUUGUCUAAUCUUCACAUGGAGUGGUUUGGAAGGCGUCUUCUUUUGGGUUAGCUUUCCAAAUUUUAAAACAUUUGAAAACAUAAUGCUCGCAUGUAAUCAUUGGCAUGUUCAGCUAACUGGCUUACUAGCUGGGGGGGGGGCAGGUCUUUGGUCAGGAGAGCACAUUGACCAGUCCAGGAUGCUUCAUCAUCAAAGUAUAGGCUAACAUAGUGACUGCUGUUUAUUGGAAUUAGGAUAGUUAACACAGCCGAACUCAUUAUUCCAGGUAGCAUUAUGUUUGCCAAAUACAUUAGUUAGUCCUCAUCAGAAAAGCAUUUUUUUUGUAACAACUGUUAAUACAAGCUUGUAUUAUUGCUAGCAAUAAAGCAUACAUCUAACUUCUGUAUUGUGUAGUUAGUAUGUAUUCUAAGCAGCCAAACAGUUAAUGGUAGGAUUUACAGUUUGAUGCUGGGGCUUGUUUGUUUUUUUUGCCUGGAGUAUGUCUUUAGGAUCCCUUUUUUAUAGGUUUUUUUUUUGUUUGUUUUUAAAUCAAGUAAGCUAACGUUAUCUUAGAUGAUGUCAAAUACAAUCUGCCAGCGACAGUUGUCAUUUCAGAUGGAAAAAGUGAUAGAAAUGAGAAGUUGCUUUGUCUUAAUUUGAUCACUGUUUCACAAAUGACUUUUGAUGGUAAAUAUGCCACUAUUAUCAUAAACUGCACAUGUGCUGUGUGGGGAAAGGAAAGCUGAGCAACAGUAACAAAGGGUGGGGAGGGGGGGGGGUAGCGACUGGUCAAUUGAACAUCAAGCAUGUCUCUAGGAAUGAUCGCUUUAAAAUAUUCACAGGUGUAUUGCACGUGGGUUAUUUAUGGCAUGAUUCAGAUGAUGAAGUGGUCUCUCACUGGAGUUGAUAUCAUUGAAUUAGUUAAAGUUUCUCUUUGUAACAGCCAGGUCUUUCUUCACUUUUUAGGGACAUUGCGGUUGAAAUGUCUGUAUUAGGGAUUUAUUUUGUUUUUUUUCAUGUUGGGCUUACCUAAAAUUGUAUAAAUGGCUUACUCUGACGUAAACAGACUCUGUUUUAACCUUUUAAUAGUUCCUGCCAUGGGCCAGAAGAAACUUGAAGCCGUCCACGUGCCUAAUUUACCAUAUUAAUAUUGGUCUCUUUGCACCUAGACUUUAAAUUUUAAUAAGGGUACCUAAUUGUUUACAGUUUAUGCAAUCAGAACCGCAGUCUUCAGUGCUACUUACUUAGUGUGCUGCACUAUCAAUGCACUUUAAUUUCUGUUCACACCAAGCCAUAACAGGUUUUUAUCUGUAUAAAUGAAGACUGAAUUAUUUUUUUUUUUUUGAGGCUAGCUGCUUUUGUAGUCUCUCAUGUUGACGUUUUUACUGUAAAAGCAAUGUAGUUUUGCAUUCAGUGCCUCUUUACAAAGGAACUUGUAGUUGUUAACAGUAUUUGAGGAAACAAGUCUCCACUGCAUAAAACAAAGGAAUUAAAACUCUGAAAUGGA